AUGGCAACGCCUAGUCGGGAAGCAUCCACCACCAUAUCCGGCGGUGCAAACUAUGAGCCUGACGAGAUUACUCUGGCUUCUUGCUGCUGUGCCUACUCCGUUUGUAUUCUUUUAGGCCUCUUUCUCUCUGUCGUCAUUGUACAUCCCUACAGGAGCAAAGAUGCUUGUUACUUGGAGCUCUUUGCUAACUCCGUCUCCUUCUCCUUCUCAAACGCAAACGCUUCAACAGCUGAUUGGAGGAUCGGUUUGGUUGCCAAGAGUCCAGCCACCGAAUGCAAAACCUCUCUCCAUCCAAUCAAAUCGCGUCUCCUUCGUGGCCACGAGGUUAUCUCCGAGGUGUCUCCACCGUUUGACGGUUUCGAGGAACUUGUUACCUCCGACAGAACGGAUGAGCCGGUUACAACUGUCCAUUUCAAUAAGGUGGUUACGCCGGGUGUUAUCGGCGGCGUGGUUUGGGAUUAUCGGGUGGAGAUUGUCGCCGGAUUGAAGGCAGAAUCUGCACGUGGUUUCUUGACGGUGUUCUGCGGCGAUAUUCCGGUGAAAUUCACGGCGGAUCCGGCGGGAAAUAUGGUUGGAUCGUUGCUUGGAACUCACCCUCACGCCAAAAUCUCCAUCCAAUCCGUCGCCGUCUCCUCCGCCACGUGGCAGAUCGAUUUCCUCAUGAAAAACCCUAGCUCGAGGUAUUCAAUCUACUACGACGAGGAUGAUACUACCGUGAAUCUCGGUCCUCUAAACGCCGCCGUUUUAAACAUCACUCGUAAACGUGAUUCUAGAGACCAAGCGGCUUUCUCGUUGGCUUUCCUUGCUGAGAAAGGUAAUAGCAGCAACGACGUCGUAUCGGAAGAGCUUGACAUCAAACUCAGGGCGAAGCAUAAGCGCUACACGGAUUUUAAUGAAGCUGGACACUUUAAUAUCUUUGCUCACUCUGUCUCCGUCUCAAACGCAAACGCAAACGUUUCAACAGCUGAUUGGAGAAUCGGUUUGAUCGCCAAGAGUCCAGUCACCGGAUGUAAAAUCUCUCUCCAUACAAUCAAAUCGCGUCUCCUUCGUGGCCACGAGGUUAUCUCCGAGCUGUCUCCGUCGUUGGAUGGUUUCGGACAACUUGUUACCUCCGACAGAACGGAUGAGCCGGUUACAACUGUCCAUUUCAAUACGGUCGUUACGCCGGGUGUUAUCGGCGGCGUGGUUUGGGAUUAUCGGGUUGAGAUUGUCGCCGGAUUCAAGGGGAAAUCUGCACAUGGUUUCUUGAUGAUGUUUUGCGGCGGUAUUCCGGUGAAAUUCACGGCGGAUGCGGCGGGAAAUAUGGUUGGAUCUUUGCUCGGAAGAAUGCGACGAUGUGACUAUUUACUCCGGGAUUACUUGAAUCUUUCCGUUUAG